AUGACGACCUCCUCGCUGCGCCGUCAAAUGAAAAAUGUGGUGAACAAUUACACGGAGGCUGAGAUUAAGGUACGCGAGGCCACCUCCAAUGACCCAUGGGGUGCCUCCAGCUCGCUGAUGGCUGAGAUCGCCAACCUGACCUACCACAUGGUGGCGUUCACUGAGGUCAUGGGCAUGAUAUGGAGGCGGCUCAAUGACCAUGGCAAGAACUGGCGCCACGUCUACAAGGCGCUCACCCUGCUGGACUACCUCAUCAAGACUGGCUCGGAACGUGUGGUGCAGGAGUGCCGGGACAACAUCUAUUCCAUCCAAACCCUAAGGGAUUUCCAGUACAUAGACCGUGACGGACAGGAUCAGGGUAGCCAUAUACGCGAGAAGGCCAAGAAAUUGGUUCUUUUAUUAAAAGACCCGGAAAAGCUAAAGAAGGAGCGGAGCCAGGCAUUGAAGACGAAGUCCCGCAUGGUGGGGGUCUACGCCGAAUACGGGGAGCUGCCUCCUCCAUACCCAGGUGGCUAUGGCAGCCAUUACGGGACGUACGGGUCCAGAACUUUGCCAUCUUCUUUUCAAUCCUCCUCUUCCUCCUCACCACGCUCACCACGGCUCGCACCGGAGAUGGAGCAAGCUCGGCCGACCACCACAGGGGAGGAGGAGCUCCAGCUGCAGCUGGCCCUGGCCAUGAGCCGGGAGGAGAGUGAAAAGCCUACUACUACAACGUUGGUUGUCGAUGAAAAGACUGCAAUGCAGAUCGCUAAGAGCUUCGGCAAAGAGGCCAAGAAGACAGUCAAGCGGACACAAACCACACUGGAAAUGGAUGAGGACUCCCAAAUUAAGUUAGCAAUGAGUAUGAGUAAAGAGGCACACCAACAGGAGCAAUUGGGUCGCCAAGGAGACGAGACCAUGCUUAAGAAAGCUUUGGAGGAGAGCAAACGCGAGAUGUCAGCUAAAGGCGGGACCGCUUUCAUGGACCUGGUUGAUGUUUUUGCGCCACCCAAAGAUCCUCCGAAAGACAAUGUGUGGCAGAAAACCUCGUUGCACGCAUCCACUCGUUUGGGGGGCACAGACCCCUGGGAUGCAUUGGAUGGAAGCAGCAGCUCAUCAAAAGUAGAUUCUUCCUGGAUGGAACAGCCCAUCCCCAACAGUCCCCCUCCGCCCUGGGAACCCAGCCCACCCCCAGUCAACCCUUGGGACCCCCCUUCUGCCAACCCAUGGGCCGCAGGACCAAAAGUCGCAGAUCCCUUCACAACACCCAAAAAGUCUCCUCUCCGACCCUUAAGCCCUUCAGAUGGCGAUUUGUUCGAUGACGCCAUGGAUGGAGGUAAAAUUAACGGGCAGAGGGAGGGCAGCCCCGAAAUGUUUGACUUGUACCAGCUAGGACAGAGCCUGGCGGACUCCAAACCUCGCACGCUGAAAACCCCCGAGUCUUUCUUGCACCCAGCGGCUGCUUCUCUGGUCAACCUGGACUCUUUGAUUCCUGCUAACACCCAAGCUAAGACCAUGAAUCCUUUUCUAUCAGCUGCAGGUGCUUCCGCCACCAUCAAUCCAUUCCAGCCAGAGCCAAGCAGACUGACUUUGGGUCAAAUGGGCUCGGGUUUGGGCACAGUGCAGCCUUCCCUCCCCUACAGCGCCUCUCUGCCUCUGCCUAGCAACCAGCCGCCAAGCCUCCCGAUAUCCUUCACCCACCCCACCAAUACCGGCUUAGAGCUGCCCGAGCCUCUCCUGCCCUUUUCCACGGGCAGCGCUCAGCCAUCACAGUCUGCCUUGAACAAUCCGAACCCUUUCCUAUGA